AUGGCCACGCAACCGAGCGGAAUCAUAACAUUGGAUCUGAAGUCUCUUUACUCGUCCUCACAUCGUUUUAUUUCAGAGAUUUAAUUUCGCUUUUUCCAUGGCGGUUAUUUCAAACUAUCGUUGACAAGCGGGGGUUCGAGAAAAAACUUAAAUAUUUUUCGUGCAGUGCGGUUAAAACAUGUUGCUGGUCGCUGUAGAAGCUAACCAUCAGCAGCAACUAGCUAGCAAAUGGCUGUUCGGCUGUGAUGUCUGUCACUGUACGAAAUGACAAGAAGACGAGCAAAAUAUUAGUGAAGCUGCUGGAAACCUGUGUCCUGUAUGACUAGCCAACAAUAUGUGACACAGAACCUGUUUGCUCGCCAGAAAGUUGGUUUUAAUCAAGAUGCCUCGGCUGGAAGAGUUGGCCAACGUCGCCCUCAGGGUGCCAAGCAUACUGGUGCUGGACCUGCUGUAUAAAUGUGAUAUUGAAGGUUUAACGGAACAUCUCAAGGCCAAAAAUGAAGAUAUGCUCUUCAAAUACAAAUAUGUCAUCUGGAACAUGUAUUACCUUGGUCAUCUGAUAAAUGUGGUGGUGUUGGUUCUGCCAUUGAGACACAUUGUGACCCUCUACCUCCAUAUACUCGCUGCCCUUCUCUUAUACAUGGGGCAUCAGAUUUCCAAGGAUUACAUUCGUGAAGAGCUGCAGUAUGGUUAUGAAGGAGCAGUUUACCUUGAUUCUCUGGCCUUCAAUAGAUUUGUCUCCGCAAUGACAAGUCAGAUUAUUCUCAGCACGUUGUGUGCCUUCCUGAUGAAGACCAGAAAGGUGUGGUUGUUCUCUGCUCACAUGCUCCCCCUGCUGGCCCGACUCUGCGCUGCUCCUCACACCACGCUGCUAGCUGUCAACACCUUUGCCAUGGGACUGACCGGGUCAGGGAUCGCCAUAUUCCUCCUCUCAAAUCUGUUUGUGCCAUAUCGGCUCGCCAGGGCUGCGUAUUCAGAGCUGCUUCAGGUGGAGGUGAUCGAACUGUACAGGCUUCUGGCCGUGGGAAUCUCUCUGUGGAACCAGUUUGCCGUCCCAUUGCUCUUCAGUGUCUUCUGGUUUGUUCUGUUCAUCGUCCAGCUGUGCUCAGACGUCAUGUCUGGCAACGCUGCCUCCGCAGCCCAUCAGGGAAUCAUGUUCUUCCUGCUCACAAGUGUGUCUGAAUGUUGUGCCACACCAUACUCUCUUCUGGGUCUGACCUUUGUCGUGUCCUAUCUGGCUCUCGGGCUGCUCAACCUAUGCAAGUUCUACCUGGGAGGUUAUGCAGCAGUUCAGAAUGAGAAUGUCAUGCACAGAGGUGUGACUGAGGGUGUCACCCUGCUCCUGCUUGCCCUCCAGACGGGGCUGUUAGAUAUGCAGGCACUGCAGCGCACCUUCCUCCUCAGCAUCAUCCUCUUCAUCGUGGUCACUUCAACCCUGCAGUCAAUGAUCGAAAUCACAGAUCCAAUCAUUCUGGCUUUGGGUGCAUCCCGCAACAGGAGUCUGUGGAAACACUUCCGUGGCCUCAGCAUGUGUCUGCUUCUGCUGGUUUUCCCAGUGUUUAUGGCUUAUAAAAUCUCCCAGUUCUUCCACAUGGACUUCUGGCUCCUCAUACUGGUGUCCAGCUGCAUGCUGACUUCCCUUCAGGUUACAGGCACUAUGCUGAUAUACUCCCUCUUCAUGGUGGAGCUGUUUCGCAGCGACCCGAUUGAGAGCCUGGAUGAAGUGAUCUACUGGGUGAACGCUGUCAGCAGGGUGCUGGAGUUUGUGGUGGCGCUCUGCGUGGUGGCUUAUGGCACCUGGGAGUCGCUGUUCGGGGAGUGGAGCUGGAUGGGCGCCUCUGUCAUUAUCAUCCACUCUUACUUUAACGUUUGGCUCAGAGGUCAGUCUGGCUGGAGGAGCUUCCUGCUCAGACAGGAAGCAGCUAAGAAGAUCAACUCCCUGCCCAGAGCCACGGCUCAGCAGCUGCAGCAACACAACGACGUCUGCUCCAUCUGCUUCCAGGAAAUGAGCUCUGCUGUGAUCACAUACUGUAGACAUUUCUUCCAUGGCAACUGCCUCCGCAAGUGGCUGUAUGUGCAGGAGACCUGCCCCAUGUGCCACCAGACGGUCAGACCCACCCCAACAGAUCAGACUGAGGCUUCAGGUGACGCUCCAGCAGAGAGAGACGAAGGACCAGAUCUGACUGCGCAGGAGGGAAAUCAAAACCCAGACGACGGCGCAUCCCAAGAGACGCAAAGCAACGAUGUAUCUCCUGAUUCCACCGAGCAGGAGGAGGAGAGGGAAGGCUCUGAGGUCGGAGCCUGUGGGACAGAAGAUAAAGACCAACCAGCUGGACCUCACAUGAAGGCUGCUCAGGGUCUUCGUUUCAGCUCCAGUGGAGACUUUGUUGGAUUUGUGAGCCCAGCAUCAAGCUGUUCUCCUCUUAACAAACAUAACACAGGUGAGGACAGAAACAGGGAUUCACCACUGCCAUCAACUCAUAAUGAUGUGAAUAAGAAUACAAUGAAGGGCCAGUGUGACUCUAAAGGAGUAGGACUUGAAGAUGCCGCUACUUUCUGUCUUAGAGCGCCACAAAACAGCAAUGGUGAACAUGACGGCUGUGAUGAGACACCUGAAUCAUGGAACAGCUCUGAUUCACCACAAUCAAACCAUGCUGAUGAAAAUCAAGAGGCUGUCUCACAUGGCACCAGCCUUGUUGAUAGCCAAACACUCGUCAAAUCAUGUAAUGAAAAUUCAGAACUCUUAGACUGCAUUGACAAUCCUCAAACUCAUCAAGGUAAUAGUACUUAUUCAGACUCGGACGUGUACAGGCUCAGAGAGGCCGAACCCGUCCCACAUACCCCCCGGCUGUCCUCUGUGGACGCCAUCUCCUCUUGCACAAGCACAGACAACAGUGACUGACUGCCCUGUAUCAGUGCCUUGAAUGGUGUAAAAGGGUGAAAAAGGGUGACACCCCUUCAUAACGGGGAAUUAAACACAUUUGCCUUCUCUCUGUGAACCAAUAGAAAAAAAAUUGUAUCUUUUACCAGACAGUGUAAUGAAUGUGCUUCAGUUUAGAAAAUAACAUGCAUCAGGAUUGAAUAUUGAUGGUCUUGGGAUAAAAUGGUACCUUUAUUGUACAACUGUAAAGAAAUUGUUAAUACAAAAAGAUUACAAUUAAUAAAAAUCAUGUGUAACUAUAAUAUUUACCAAAUUCUAGCAGGUUACUAGUAAAAUGUUUACUUAGAGAAAUUAAAUGGCAUUUGAUUUAUUUUUCAUCUCGUUUUCUUUCCUGUGUCCUGGUAGUUCUUAUGUUUUAACAUUUCUGUGCAAGCAUCAUGCUAAAAGAUAAAGCUUCAGUAGCUUCGGCAGCAGAAUCAGCCUUUUGUGCUACAAAGGUUUUCUGUCUCCCAGUAUUAAAUUACAGCUGUGAACAUUUUAGUUGUUUUUUUUUUACUGUAGUCUCCAUAUUAAUAAAAUCAUGACUGGUGCACAGUGAGGCUGACAUUGUGUGUCUAAACAUCUGAAGCGUCUGUACAUCUGGAUGAAAUUGUUGACUGAUAUGUCAAUUUGGAGAUAAUAAAGUUUUCUACAACAUU